AUGUCGGAAGCGGACGUGGCAACAAGAGCUCCCGAGAGCGAUGCGGCUGAAGACGCAGCUCCGGGCCCAGUUCCCGGGCCAGCUCCGAUUGGCAGGACGGGCCUGAGCGACCACUGCGUGUCGGACCGGCCAGCUCCCAAGGGGCGGUCGCCAAAGGGCGAGAUGCGGAGACUGGGCGACGUUGAUGCCUACGUCUCGAAGCCGAGGGAGUAUCCCCAUGCGCCAGCGCGGCUGCUGCUGCUGCUGAGCGGCGGAACGGGGGUGCGGUCGACCAACAACCAGAUCCAGGCCGACAUGUUUGCAGACGAGGGCUACGUGGUGGUGAUGCCGGACCUGUUUGGCGGCGACGUGGCGCCCAACGCGACGACAGAGGCUUCGGCUGAAGAGCAGCAGCAGCAACAACAACAGCAGCAGUCGGAGGUGCCGUCCUUCCUGGACCUGUUCCGGAGCAAGGCGGUCGAGACGGUCAAGAGCUUCAUGAUCGACAUGUGGCUGGCACGCCACACUGAAGCUAAGGUGCUGCCGAUCGUGCGACGGGUGCUGGAGGCGAGCCGGGACGAAUUUGCCGAUGCGGUGGCGAGUGGAGACGGCGUGUAUGCGGCCGGCUACUGCUUUGGCGGGCGGUACGUGCUGCUGCUGGCGGGCGACAAGGGGGAGGGCGACGUCGAUCUGGAGAGACAAGAGGCCAGGGGUCCGCUGAUCCGGGCUGGGGCUGUGGCCCACGCGACGUUGGUGUCGCCAGAUGAUUUCCAGGGCCUGCAGGCGCCGAUCAGCCUGGCGUGCGUGGAGACCGACCCGAUGUUCCCGGAUGAAGUGCGUAUGGCGGGCGAAAAGUACCUGUCGGGACACGACAUUGAGCACGAGGUGCAGGUGUAUCCGGGGGUGCCGCACGGCUUUGCUGUCGUGGGCGACUACGACAACGAGGCAUACAAGAGGGCGCAGGAGAUGGCCUUUGGCCAGAUGCUCCGGUGGUUGAAUGAUCAUUGA